AUGUUACAGAAAGAAUCAGAUUUAUAUUUUCUUGGAAUUAUUGAUACUAAAAAUGUACAAAUUCUCUAUUCUUCACAGCAAGAAAAAGUAACAUAUUUUAAAUCACUUUAUAGAGUUGAAGUUUUUGGUGUAUGUAAGGAAGCAAUGCCAUAG